AUGAAGGCCAGUAUCACCUCCAUCCUCCUUGCCACCUUGGCGAGCUCCGCAAUCGCCCAGAACCAAAGGAUCGACACGUCCAAGUACGAUGAGAGUUACCUGCGUGCGGCCAGUGCGCCCAAUGCCGUUGGAAUGAAAGAGCUCCGCCAGCGAAAGAUGGCCCUCCGCGAGAGCGAGGCGGCUGCCGGUGUCUUUGACAAGGAUCGCUACAAGAAAGUGAGCUCUGCCACGUCUUGUACUAACGGAAAAGCGGGAGGUUACUCUUGCAACAACGUCGACCUCUUGGGCUUCUUGCGCCACCAGGAUAUGGGCAGCCGUACGCGCGAGGGCAAUGACAUCUGGGGCUGGACACAUGCGUCUAGCGGUCGCAAGUUUGCUCUUCAAGGACAGACAGACGGCACAGCCUUUGUGGAAGUCCACCCCGAUGGUAGCCUGACCUACGUCGGCCGCCUGCCAACACAGACUGUCGCUUCUUCAUGGCGUGACAUCAAGGUCAUUGGCAACUACGCCUACAUUGGUGCUGAAGCAGCUGGUCACGGUCUACAGAUCUUUGACCUUACUAAGCUUCUCAACACUGAUGUCAAGAACCCUCCCACUUUCAGCAUCAGGAGUGACUUGGCCGCACACUUUAGUGCUUUUGGCAACAGCCACAACCUUGUGGCUAACGAGGAGACAGCCCUCAUUGCCGCCGUCGGUACAGCCUACGAUCUCAAGUGUCGUGCUGGCCUCUGGAUGAUUGAUGUCUCGAACCCAAAGAGGCCUCAGGAUGCUGGCUGUGUCGCCUCAGAUGGCUACGUGUACGACGCCCAGUGCGUGAUCUACCGUGGUCCCCAGAAGGCUUUCCAGGGUCGUGAAAUCUGCUUCAACUACAACGAAGAUGCCCUCACUAUUGUUGACAUCUCUCGCCGUACCAUGCCGCGCCAGCUGUCACGCACCACAUACAACGGCGCUACCUACACCCACCAGGGUUGGGUGACUGAGGAUCACAAGUACCUCCUGCUGGACGAUGAGCUAGAUGAGCAGCAAAAGACCGGCCCUGCUGCGGACCAGCAUACCACCACAUACAUUGUUGACAUCCAAGACCUGGAGUACCCCGUCUUCCGAGGCGUCUACAAGAGCCCUGUCCGCUCAAUCGACCACAACCAGUACAUCAUUGGCGGCGUGUCUUACCAGACCAACUAUGGAUCCGGUCUGCGUAUGGUGAAUGUUACCUCACUUGCUCAAGAUGACACUGGUGCUCAGAUGAAGGAAAUUGGCUUCUUUGACGUCCAUCCUGAGGAUGACGAGGUUGGUGGCGAGGCAGAGUUUUAUGGUGCUUGGUCUGUCUACCCUUACUUCCAGAGUGGGAAUAUCGUGGUUAGCUCCAUUGAACGGGGCAUAUUUUCCCUUCGAUACACCGGCUAG